AUGUCUUUGGUACACGAACACUGGAGUCGAUACGCGAGGGACGUAGGCUACAUAACAGGCUUUACAUCGUGUGGAGUUUCUCUGUUUACAAUGACGGCCAUAAGCGUGAACCGACUUCUCGUCGUGUUGUUGGGACUGAGAUACAAAGAUAUUGUCACUCUGAGGUGCACGUACAUCAUUUUAGCUAUAGUUUGGGUUGCAUGUCUAGUCGCUGGUUUAUUCUCUCAACUCGAUCACCGUAUAACCUUAUGGUGCAGCCUUAUCAGUAUAUCAUUUUGCCUGGUGAUCUCAGUCGCCUCAUACACAAAGAUUUUUCGCGCUCUCAGUCAUUAUCGGGCUCAAAUACAAGAUCAUGCUCAACAACAGCCGAGCCAACCAAAUGCACUGAACAUGGAGCGAUACAGAAAGGCAGUGUACAGUGCACUAUGGGUGCAGUUAGCUUUAGUUGUCUGUUAUGUACCACAAUUUACGAUGCAAAUUGUAAUCUCUCUUAGUACGAAACAAUUUUCGAAUUUCUUCAUCUUCCCGGGAAUGGCAAAUGUCUUACUGUUCCUUAAUUCUACUUUAAAGCUAUUCCUUUACUGCUGGAGGAUAAGUGAAGUGAGACGAGCAGUAAAGCAGACAAUCAGACAAGUAAUCUGCUAUGCAUAGGAGUAGACCCAUUUUAACUUUGGCAUGUAAAUUUUCUUCUAUAUAGAUUAUUUGAAAGAAUUCUAGAUAUUAUGAGUGAGGGAAAGGUAUGCCAUUUCAUGAUGAAAAAGGGUAAGGAAAAAUAUGAGGAGCUACCUCUAAGUAGUAUAUUGUAUUUCGAAUUAUCUAACGAACAACUUAAACGUGACAAAGUAUAGUUUAACAAAACAAUAACACUUCUCCAAUUUCCGAAUUUGUAGUGAAGGCUAUCAGUUAUUUUGGAUUUAGAAUGCGCUCAGGAUUUUUCUUUGCGAUCAAAUUUUGAUCAAAUAUGCCACUUUUGCUCAGAAAUAUGGUUUAGUGAUAACGAGCUUUGAAAAUAGCCGGCCGCUUGAUUUUGUUAUAACUGGGAAUUAGACAUACAACGAAACUUUGCAAAUCAAAGAUGCACUUUUUUAGUUGUCAUAAUGCUUUUUACCUUAAACUAAGAUAAGCGUCCUAAGUUUGCAGAGAUUAUAUACAGUGUACUUUGGUAACAGUUAGCUUUAGCUGUUUGUUAUGUCCAAACUUAAGAGCGCAAAUUGUGAUAUCUUUGAGUUUAAACCGAUUAUCGCAUCUAAGAGAAGGUUGUCCAUAGAUUUCUUUGAGCAAAAUCGAAUAUUCAAGAAGAUUUCGUGGCUCUAUCACACGCCGUGUACACACAGCUAGUCUUAUGAGAAAACAUUCUCUCAUUUUAAUGACAAUCGAGUACAAAAGCUGCUAACUCAUUUCCGCGUCUGAAUAUCAUCUGAUGGUCAAAAAACUCUUUAUGUAUUUAUAUAUUUAGUUGCUGUUGUUAUCACUAACCUUUUCUAGGCGUUCAAAUAGUAAAACGGAGCAAAUGGUGCACGGCACAAUAGCAGCGGUGGAGUGAAAAAACGGGGGAGAAUUGGCUCGGUCGUGUCGGGUCGGGUCGGGUGAACGCCGUUCUUCACUUCACGCUCUACCGUGACUAACGCGCCGUUUACUUUGCACUUCGUUUUACCAUAUGAUCGCCUCGCACAGGCUAUGUUAUCACUCAAUAAGCCGACAUAUGUUAACAAGUUACUAUUACAGAUAUUUUCUUUGAGUCAGUGGUGGAGCCAGUUAUUACGAAAGAGGAAUCGAGAGUUAGACAAAAUGAAUGCAAUCACCUGUCUUUUACAUCACAACUAUAAUUCCUACUAUGGUAAUGUUUUGCAGUCAAAUAAUGACUCAACGAAAACAAUUGACUUACCUUACUUAAUGGUUUAUAAAGGAAACAAUAUCUGUAGCUUUAUGUUUUGCGCCUUUGAAAUGAUUGAAUAUUUUUAUUCUUUAGAAAAACCGUAGUGUAGAAAAACGCUACCGUGAUAGUUCAAAAAAAAAAAAUAAACAAAACCUCAGUUAAAAUAAUAUGGUAUUGGUGACAAUAGAUUCAUCUAAAGGAAGUCUUCAAGCUGCUUCCUGAUCGAGACACAUCUCCGCCGCAACCUUUUUUUUUUUUUUCAGCUUGCCUUACGUAUGUGUUCAUAACUCUGACAAGCGCCGAGAUCACAGCGUUGGCAUAGGCACUUCGUCAUCUGUCAAUAGCUUUUAGUGAAGGUUUUCCUUAGUCAAACACUGAGUUUUUUCCCACCAAAUAUUUUGAAACAAUGGUCACAGGGAGUAUAAAUUUGUCCCUGUUGUACGAUGCCAUAUCCAAAAUGUCAUUUACCAAUUUGAUAAACAAGUAACUAAGGCAAACAGCAUUGUUCAUUGACAAAAUUCCGCCUAGGAACCAGAGAUAAUUUGCAUUCACGAUGUCUCCCGCGGGAGGAAUAUUUGAAUUAUUUAUGAUCUUUUGAACAAAAUUUCCAUCCUUUGGUCUAUCUUGAGACCUUUCAGGAUAUAACAGCAGAAUAAAUUGUGAUAGGAUUUCUUUUCGCUGAACAACUGAUUCCCUUUCAGGAUGGUUAAUUAAUGCAACGUAUGCAUGCUAACCUCUGAGGAAAUUUUGAUAUGUUUUGUGGCACAAAAGACACUUGAGAUCGUUCGCUUAUUUCAAACAGGGUAAAUGAUACCGUUUUAAUGCUUGAGUACACAUGCAUUAUUAAAAGGUGAGAUUUAAGCCACAGUAGAUGUGAAGUUGUUGUGAAGGCGAAAUAUCUCUGCUAUAUUCAAAGAUAACUAGAUACUAAAGAUGCCGACUACAAAUUUAACAGCAUUUGAAAGGCAAAUAAAAACAUUUGAAGACCUAGUUUGCUCGCCAUCAUUGGCAGGUGAAUUGCCACAACAAUCAAUUUAUUUCACGGCAGUCCACAUUCUCCUAUCGCUCGUGGCAUUUGUGGGGAACUUUCUCAUCCUUGUUGCCCUUCACAAAGUAUCUUCCCUUCAUCUGCCGUCCAAAGUCUUGUAUCGUUGUUUGGCAGGAACUGAUCUGUUAGUUAGUAUUGUUAGCCAGCCUUUCGCUACCAGUUAUUGGAUGUCCUUGGUUCACGAAGAGUGGUAUCUUUGUCGACUCGCAUACGAAGCAGCGUACAUUACAAGCUAUGCAUUAUGUUUGGUGUCUUUGUUGACAACGGCGGCCAUAAGCGGGGACAGACUUCUCGCCCUUUUGUCGGGGCUAAGAUACAGACAAAUUGUAACUUUAAAGCGCACGUACUUCAUGGUAGCAACCUUUUGGGUACUGUUUGUCGUGGCUGUUUUAUCCUAUAUUUUAGACUACCGAAUAGAUAUGUGGUGCAGCCGUAUAAUUAUACCAUCUUGCAUGAUAUUCUCAGUGGCCUCGUACAUAAAGAUUUUCUGCGUUCUCGGUCAUCACCAGGCUCAAGUACAAGGUUUUAUACAACAACAGCAGAACCAACCAAAUGUACUAAACAUGGCGCGAUACAAAAAGGCAGUGUAUAGUGCACUAUGGGUGCAGUUAGCAUUAGUGAGUUGUUAAGUGCCAAUAGGUGUAUCGGGAAUUGUUAUUGCAUCUAGUAAUACAUACUCAUCACAUUUAAUCGUCACCUGGGGAGUGGCACUUGUUUUAGUUUAUUUUAACUCGGCUUUAAACCCCGUCCUUUACUGCUGGAGAGUCAGUGAGAUGAGACAAGCAGUGAAGCAGACAAUUAGCCAAGCAUUGUGCUGUCCAUUGAAUUAACUCUCUUCUGACUUACACAUGUAUCAAUCCUGAAAAACUGAUUUAUGAAAUUACGGCCGCAAGAAGAGAGGAAAGUUUUAUUAAUAGCAGCGGUCAGAUUUAGAUCUUUUGUUUUUUUAUAAUGAUCAAAGAUUGAAUAGAGAAUCGAAAAGCCAACCAUACCUCACCAGUAAUGCGUUUAUCAUGGUGACAAAAACUUGUAAUCGAAAAAAAUAUAUAUCUUUAUGUUUGGAUUGUCUAAUCCAAUCUUUUUUACAUUAUACAAGUAAAAAAUAGAAUGAGUAAGAUGGUAAAUUUUGUAUACGGUACUGAACCAGAGAAAUAUGUUUUUCGUCUUGUCAAGUGUGUAGAUGGACGCAAAAGGGGGUCAGUAAAGCCGAUGAAGCUUCGAUUUUGUUAAUAAAGUGCUGGGGACAGUUACAAGGAAAACGUAUGGAAAAGAUUCAACUAUUUCGUAUGAUUGACUCGACGUCUUAAAUUGAUUGAUCAUGUGUUUUUCUUUGCAAAUAAUUUUUUUCCCCAAGGUUAAAUUUUAAUGCGAAAAACAAAGAUGAAAUUAAACAUACUUUCAAUAUCCGAAAAUUUUUAAUAGGAAUGGUCGAUUUAAUUCAUAUUGCUAGAAUAAAAGGAGACAAAAUUAUGGAAAUUUUUUCUUGUCUAAAUAGUGUUUGACCUGUGGAACUGAUGUAAUGAUAUGAAUGUUCCUGGUUUCAGUAGCAUGGCCAUUAGUGUUUUUCUUUUGAAAAUCUUCUCCCUUCUUACUUCGAUAUGAAAUUUGCGUAAUGAAAAUAAAAAUAUAUAUCACUACUUAAAACGCAUCUUUGUAGACUUACAAUGUUCGAUAUGACAUGUCUACUAUCCAUUAUGAACCAGUGCCUUACAGGUUUUGAUUAAAAUAUUUACUCGAUCGGAGGUAGAAUGUCUUUAAUUAUCCGUCAGAAUCGAAUUCAUACUACGAUCCUUGUGUUUAACACAGUCUUGAAGUUAAUUUGAUAACUUAGGGGGAACAUUCUUACAUUAUCUAAUGUGAAGAAAAAAUAUAGACCCCACUCACUUGUCAUGUUUAUUUAAAAAAAACCGUUCCUCGUCUUAUUUCCAAAUUCACUUUGAAAAUAGGAAAAUGGUCGAAAAAAAAUUGACGCCGAAUGCAAUUUCUCGCUCCAGUAACCAACUUCCACUUUUGAGUUGAACCAUUUAGAAUUGAGAGGAGAGGGUAAAAACUCAAUGAAAGAAAUUAUGAAGGCAAAAUUGUAUAAAACAAACCUUGGUUUGGCCAUUUAAUAUUUCCAGCUCUCUUUUUCUUUUUCAGGUUCAAUUACAAUUAGAUGUGACCCGUCAAACAUUAUGUCAAUGAACGUCGACGGACAUUUCAACUACAGGUUUUUUCUUAAUUAUAUCCUCUGACAGUUGAAUUGAGAAUGUUCUUGGUGACUUCUAGUUUCUUUAAAUAAAAGUUUACCACUGAUUUUGCUUUCCAUAUAUUUGAAGCUACUUUUUUUCUCAAAAAGGCAUCAGAUCUCCCAUGGAUGCCCCUCAAGACAUUUGCUAUGGUUUCAUCUGAUUUCACCAAAUUUGGUUAUUUGCUACAUUACUUGCACUUAUCGCAAAAAGUUAUACAUUGGCGAGACAGGAAGACGGCAAGGUGACCAAUUCUGAGAACACCUUCACAACGUAGAAAGAAAUGACAAGGACGCAUCCAAACCAGUCGUUAGACUAAAAUCUCAUUGCAGCCUUUCCUUGCACCUAAGAAGUUCGAAAGCAAUUAGAAAGGCAUCUAAGCAGUUCGAAAGCCGAAAAACUUUAGAACAAAAAUUUAUCUUUCAAAUCGCCAAAGUGUAUCUCUAUUUUCUGCAUAUAAACACACACACAACCCACAAUUCCUCCAUUCGCUCUGACGAGUGACUAACGCUCGAAACGUCAGCUUUGAAGCUCUUUACGGUGGACAAUUUACGUUAUUAACUAAGUUGAUAAUACCAAAUUACCUUGUUCCAGGCUAGGUGAUUUCGAAUUUCAAUUCAUUAUCAUCAAAUUGCAACAGAAUUUAGUGAAAAAAAAAAAAAAAGAUAAAAAUCGUUCACCUGCCGUUUACGUGGCAGCUUGUUAAGAAAAGGCUUGUGGGAGUUUUCUACGACUCGAUCUUUUCUUUUCCUUCUUGGAAACCAGUGGCAGCUAAAAAAAGCAAAGUGCGCUCAAGAAUCUUUGCAGUAUUGGCUGGUCCAGGCGAGGUUGCGUCAAAGAUAGGAAAACGUUGGGGAGUCGUUCUCGAUAAUCAUUCACUACAUUGACUACAUUCAAAUGGUGAAUAACUCUUCCAAUAUAGUCUGUUCUUUCCUGAAAAAAGAGGGGUUGUAACUUACACUCUAAUUAAAGCCGGAUUGAAGAUCGAAAGCAUUUCCGUUAAAUGGUUGUUUUCUAAAUAAAGAGUUAAGCUCAAAAGUGUUUGACAUACUCUAUGUAGAUUAACUUGCAAACAAAGAGAAAAGGUUACAUAGACAAAGGUUUUUUCAAUUUUCUUCUUGUCGCGAGCGUGGAACAAAGAAAAAUUCUGAGUCCUUGUAAGGAAUUGAGCCUUAGGCUAGGAAUUCUUUGCCCUUACCAGUGAACAACAGAGACUCCGAGGAAACAAGGCCAUAACUAGCUUCAUGUGUGACACGUGCCCUAAAGGAAUCCGCAAUGUCAUUUCGUUCAUAUCCUUCCUAUUCUAACCAGUAAAUGGCAUUUCGGUUGACUAGCUUGGAAUUAAACAUGAGAGAAAAGUAGAUCAAUUUUUAAUGGAUUCGCUGGAUUUUCUCUAGCCUAAGGCUUUAUUUCCUGUUUUCUACGCAAUUUAGUAACAGCUAAUAAUAAAAAAUCGUCGGUUUCAUCACAAUCAGAGAGACUCUGCUGACAACGUUUCGAGAUGUCCUCGAAAGAAAAAAUUGCAAGUUGUAAAUAUUCCGCUGGCUUCUGUUAAGUUAAGAAUCCUUCCAGAGACGGUGAUAUAUCCAAGCUACUCCGAGUCAAAUCUUAUUGUUCUUAUACCUCUUGACAUGGCUUCACCAAGGAUUUAAAAUCAAAAGACAAACAAAAUUACAAAAAGCAAUGAGGAAAGAACAUUGACUACCACAUACAGCAAAUGUGAACUAGCACACAACUCGAUUUGAUUUUUUAUUUCCACACAGUCCAACAAGCACAAGGCAAAUCAUUUUGUAACCAGUGGUCUCCAGUAGGGAGAUAAAAGUUGACUUGUAUCCCCUUGGUUACCCCUUUUUCUUUCCCUUAGGUGCCCUGUAUUUGUUGUAUCAUUUGUUUCCAUUUCGUCUUUUUUUAUCAUAUCCACUUUUCAAUUUAUAGACUUUAUUUUGUUUUGCUUCUGUAGAUGUGCUGUGUAGUGUUGCUUGGUCCGACUUGAAGGACUUCACUGACCGCGUGCUUCGCAGCUCAGGACUAUGUACUUCAAUAAGAAUUGAAAGAGUUAAUAAUCAGUCAAUUAUUUUCAACGGUAAUUAGCAGAUAACUUCAUUAUUUUUAGGCUACGUUCACACGGCACUGGACAAAUUAUCGACCGUGGGAGAGUCGUGCGUUGAGACGUUUCGUUCACAUGGAACCACGCCAAACAUACGAAAAUUCGGACGCCCAAGAGUUCAAAAUUUUGCAUACCAAAAUUGAGGACGAAUUUUUAGCCGCUGCAGUCAAUAAUUUGACCGCCAUGGUGUGAAUGUCUUAAACUUAGAAAUUUUUGUACUGUGAAGGCGCGGCUGCAUGGAUGCGUGGUAUCUAAGUAAAAUAACAUGGGAGUUACCACAUGACGGUUGACGAACCGGGGAAAAAAAAUGUCAGAAAUACGAGUGGUCAGCGGUGAAUUAGCUUUCAUGCCGCAUGUAGAAACAAAUCAUUUGCUGCUCCUGUUAAUAAUCGUGUUAUUUAUCCUAAAAUGAUAACAGUAUAUAGAAUAAGAGAGAUGGUAAGUUUUGAGCUCGGUGAAUAAAUAGAGAAGGAUGUUUUUCGUCUUGUCAUUAGCGUGGGACAAAGAGAAAAUCUUUCCCUAUUUCUUUACUAAUUUCAAAAUUUGCCAUCUCUCUUAUUCUAUUUACCAAAUGACAUGAGUACAAUUUUAUGCCAAAAUGGAACGCGUUGGUAUAUUUACUGCGGUGCACGGUAAUAUUUACAGCUUUAUUGCAUAAUAUUAUUUCGAAAACGUCUAGGACGUUCAGAGCUUACCAUGCAGAUAGGCGAUGUUGUGUUAAACAAGUUAAAAAACGUCGCUCAUCUAUCUGAAAAUCGAAGAAGUCCAAGCAGCGAAAACACUGGAUUAAGAAACCUUCUGCGCAUGAGAAGACGGUAUAACCACUGACGAAUGUCACAAACUUUAUCCGGUUAUUGGUUCCAUCUGAACAGAACGAAACUUUCGCACAGUUCCACGUCAACAGAAUAUCUGGUCGAAAUUUUUGGCCGGUCGAAAAUUCGUCCGGUGCCGAGUGAACAUAGCCCUAAUAUUCGAAUAUUACUAAAGGUAAAUCGUUAACCGCGAGAAAAAUAGCAACAAAAAGAAUCCUGUCACUUGCCGAAUACAUGACUUGAAACAAGAACAAGAAAAAAUAAUUUAGGGUAAUUCAGGAGUAUUGAGUGAGUUGAUAACUUAAUUAGCCUCCGUAAAGAGUUUAAAAGCUGACGCUUUGAGCGUUAGCGCGAGAGCGACUGGAGCAAUUAUGGGGUGUGUAUGGGUUUGUCUACAAAAUAUGGAGCUACGCUAUUGGUGGGAAUAUAGUGACGAGAAAACAAGAAUAAAUUGAAUGAAGGUUGUUCGUUGAUACCGUAGGGAUUAAGAGUGCCGAUUUUAAAGACAAAUUUUUGUUCUAAAGUUUUGCUACUUUCGAACUGCCUUUAUGUAAGGAAAGGCCGCAAACUGCCAUAUGCUGCUUAGAAUGAUUAGGGAGAUUUAAUUGUCUAGCAACUGGUUUGGAUGCGUCCUUGUCAUUUCUUUCUACGUCGCGAAGGUGUUCUUGGAAUCGGUCACCUAAUCGUCUUCCUUCCAAGAAACUAGAAGCUUGCCUCACUAUUAAUUAGAUACUUGAAAAAAAUGGGACCUCGAGCUUCUUAAGAUAACCCUUACAUUUUUUCGUGACCACAAAAAUAUAAUCUGCUAAAUUUGCGGCCAUGAAAGAAGUAAGUAAAUAUAGUGAAUUAAAAAGCUAAGAUAGAGAUGGGCUAACGACGUAACAUCUGACACCUGUCGCCGUUUCGUUCCUAAGUCAACACAGGUAUGACAAGUAGAAAACAAAAAUUCAAAUAUUUUUAGAAUAACUUUGCAUUUGUAACCUGCAUUAAUUUUGAAAUUGGACUUUUUCUCUCAGUUUGCCCGUGUUGAUAACAAUUCAUGGUGUCCCAAGAUUCCCAUGAAUUAGUAAUUCACCGUAUUAUCUGGGUAAGGAAACGAAUCUGAUCCAAACAACACGCCGGCCAAUACGUUGGUAACAGUGUCGGCAAACAAUCGGUCGACUGUCCACCGAUUAUCUGUCGACUUUCGAUUUCAUAUCACUGGUGGUUUAUUUAGGUGAAGAGGUUUUUGUUCUGUUUUCUUGUAAAAUUUACCUAUCAAAACUACAGUUUUCCUCCCUCUUACUUUUAAUUCAAAUCGCGCAGAAAAACUCGCCUUUUUUUCUCCCUCGUGUGAUAAACCUCACAGCUUUCGGGCAUUUUACAUAAUCAGAUGCCAGUGAUAAAUUUUACUCUGUGUAAUUGUUAUUCAAAAACUAAGGUUUAAUUGAUCUUGACUUGGAGGGUGCUGUUAAGACGAAAUAUCCCUCGUUGUAACUAAUUAUAAGGAUAACGACAAUAAGAUGAUGGCGACAACAAAUAUAACGGGAAGAGGAACACAUACGCAAACAUUUGACGAAUCGCUAUGUUCCCCAGUUUGGUUAGGUGAGUUUAAACAGCAGUCCAUUUCACUCUCAGCAGUCAACAUUCUCCUCUCCAUCACAGCAACUCUUGGGAAUUCUCUUAUCCUUGUUGCCCUUCACAAGGAAUCUUCUCUCCAUCCGCCAUCCAAACUCUUGUAUCGUUGUCUAGCAACAACUGAUCUUUUGGUUGGUCUUGUUACCCAACCUACCUAUGCUGCCUAUUGGAUGUCCGCGGUUCACGAACACUGGAGUCUUUGCAGAUUCUCGUUUUACGCAACCGGCGUAACAGCUUAUGUGUUAUGUACAGUUUCCAUGUUGACGCUGACGACCAUCAGCGUGGACCGACUUCUCGCCAUGUUGUUGGGACUGAGAUACAAAGGCAUUGUGACUUUGAGGCGCACAUACAUCAUUUUAGCUAUCUUUUGGAUUGUAUCUCUACUCUCUGGCUUGUUCUUUCAUCUUAAUUACCGUAUAACUUUCUGGAUCAGUAUUACAGGUGCACCAUUAUGCCUAGUUAUCUCAAUCGCCUCGUACACAAAGAUUUUCCGCGCUAUCAGUCAUCAUCAGGCUCAAAUACAAGAUUAUGCUCAGCAACAGCCGAGCCAACCAAAUGCACUGAUUAUGGCGCGAUACAGAAAGGCAGUAUACAGUGCACUCUGGGUGCAAUUAGUAUUAGUUGUCUGUUAUGUACCAAACAUAACAGUGGAAAUUGUGAUAUCUUUGAGUUUAAAGGGAUUAUCGAAUUUCAUCGUAAUCAGGGGAAUGGCAAAUGUCUUAGUGUUCUUUAACUCUACUUUAAACCCGUUCCUUUACUGCUGGAAGAUAAGUGAAGUAAGACAAGCAGUAAAGCAGACAAUCAGACAAGCAAUCUGCUAUACAUAG